AGCUGCAGUGUCACAUAGGUGGCUCAUUCAUCUUGUGGUCAGUCAGGACCCCCAAGUCUCUUUCGGUCAUGGUGCUAGCGAGGUGUGGUGUUUAGCACUGAACAGAAUAUGUGGUGACUUGCUGAAAUUGCACCUUCACAUUUUCAUAGAAACUGAAAAAUGGCAGUUUUCACAAUUACCACGAAAAAUGGUGUUUGCUGCUAUUUCCCACAGAAUUGCUAACCCCCCCCCCCAAAACCUAAAAAUAAAAUGCUGGUUCCCUAGUGGGAGCCAGUGUUUCUCACCAGCUGCUGCUGCCUGGCCCAAAAACCUGCUGGAGUUGGGGAAGGUACUAUCUAGAGUGGGGAUGAAGGGAAGCAGACAAGACAGUGGCUACCCCCUCAUCCCUCUUUCCCCGGUGGGGCUUCUUUGCCAGUCAGUGGUGAGGGGCAAGGCUGCAUGAAGAGCAGCCCUCUCUGCCAAUCAUCAAGGGGCAAGGCAAGUGACGGCGCCUCUGGGACCUGUCAGUCAGUCAGCAUCGAGGGGUGCAUGACAACAUAAAAUACCCAUAUACUGUUUCGAGUGAUUACUUUUGGCUUGAAUGCAUUUACUCUCCGUUACUUAUCAAAAGAAAUUAUUGGCCUAGUGAAUGCUAACACUGCUUUAUUCUACAACUGUUUUCUUAGCGAGAGAGGCAUUUCGCAGAGCUUGCCUAAGUGGAAGUACAAGGAGAAAUUGGACUAAAACUAUUAAUCUGCUGUGGCUAACAGUUCCUUUGGGGGUGUUUUGGUCUCUCUUCCUGGGCUGGGUCUGGCUGCAGUUGCUUGAAGUACCCGAUCCAGAUGUAGUUCCUCACUAUGAAUUUGGAGUAAUUGCGUUUGGUCUCUCUGCAGUUGUUGAGCUCCUAGGAGAACCAUUUUGGGUUUUAGCACAAGCACAUUUGUUUGUAAGGCUUAAGGUAAUUGCUGAAAGUCUUUCCAUAUUCUCCAAAUGCCUUCUGACAGUCAUUUUAGUAGCUCUCCUUCCUCACUGGGGACUUUACAUUUUUUCUUUGGCUCAGCUUUUAUACACCAGUGUUCUAGUGCUGUGUUAUGUAAUUUAUUUCAUGAAGUUUUUGGGUUCUCCUGAAGCAACUAAGAAGUCAUUUCCAGUUUCUAGAAUGACAGCUUUGUUACCCAGUUUGGAUGGAGAUUGGACCUUUGUUAACUGGAAUGAAGCUAAGUUGACUUGGAGCUUUUUUAAACAAUCCUUCUUGAAGCAGAUUUUAACAGAGGGUGAACGAUAUGUGAUGACUUUUUUGAAUGUGUUAAAUUUUGGGGACCAAGGCAUAUAUGACAUAGUGAAUAACCUUGGUUCACUGGUGGCCAGAUUUGUCUUUUUGCCAAUAGAGGAGAGUUUUUAUGUUUUCUUUGCUAAGAUCCUGGAGAGAGGGAAAGAUAUAAAGCUACAGAAACAGGAUGAUAUCGGUAUGGCUGCAACUGUAUUAGAAUCCCUGCUGAAGCUUGUACUACUAAUUGGCUUGACCAUUACAGUUUUUGGCUAUGCCUAUUCGCAUUUGGCUCUGGACGUUUAUGGUGGUCCAAUGCUCAGUUCAGGAACAGGUCCAAGUCUCCUGCGCUGUUACUCUUUAUAUGUUCUACUUCUUGCUGUCAAUGGAGUAACAGAAUGUUUUACAUUUGCUGCUAUGUGCAAAGAGGAAGUAGACAGGUUCAACUUUGUUAUGCUGGCCUUGUCCUUCAUGUUCUUGUGCAUUUCUUAUUUCUUGACCCAUUGGAAAGGCAGUGUAGGUUUUAUCUUUGCAAACUGCUUCAACAUGGGUAUUCGAAUAGCACACAGUGUUCACUAUAUCUAUAAUUAUUUCAAGGAAAGCACUUACAGACCGUUGAUGGGCUUGCUCUUCUCCCCUUUGCUGAUUUUUGUUUACAUUCUCAGUGGAAUAAUUACUAGUUUUUCAGAGGUAUUUUUGUGCUGCGAUGAAGGCUGGCUGGCAAGGCUGAUUCACAUUACAGUGGGGAGUCUGUGUCUCACAGCAACUCUUAUCACUGUAUUCUUCACAGAGACCAAGCUGAUCUACUUUGUUAGAAUCCAGUUGCUUUCACAAUACCAUGGAAAAGAAAACUAAAAUGAUCAUGUACAGGACACUUCUUAUGCACAUACCUGUAUGUGUUUGCAUUGGAGGUAUAUUUUUAUACAAAAUUGCAUAGGGGGAAAAGUUGAAUGAUACAUGGCUACCUUUCUUAAAAUCUAGUAGACUGGAAUAUUCCUGCAGUGCAAAUGAAAUGGCAAUAUUUGCACUGAGGUAUUGUUUCCCUUUCCAAAUAAUUUGAAGCCAUUAAUGUCUUUAAAUAUGCAAACUACAUUAAAGAACAGCUGGCUUGUUCUCUUUCAUUGUGUCAUUCUUCCUGAAGUUUUUUCUUCAAAACAGUAUAGCCUGUUUUUAUUGUUAAAUAAAGAAUGGACCAAGACGUACUCAGAUGCAAUACUUUUUUAUGUAAAACUUUGUUACUUCAAAUAUAUGAAGGGUUGCCCUAUAGAAGAGGGAGAACACCUUGUCUCUUUUGCAGCAGAGAGUAGGAUGCAGACCAGUGGUUUGAAGUUGCAGCAAAGUAGGUUUAGAUUGGAUAUCAGAAAAACUUACUCAUUUUUAGGGCAGUGAGGCACUGGAAUGAACUGCUGAGGGAAGAUGUGUGGAAUCCCUAGCACUGGAGAUGUUCAAGAAGAGAUUGGAUAAACAUUGGUCAAGGAUGAUUCGGAGUAGCUAGACCUAUACUCUGCUAUAGGUAUUUCCCAUGCUUCUGGCAUUUGCUGGUUGCCAUGUAGGUCUGGGACGGAAUAUUUUUUCCUUUCCUGUUGCUAUAGGUGUCUGGGUUUUUUUUUGCCACCUUUGUAAGGAUUUGGAGUUGGCUGCAGCCAAGGCUAGGGAUUUGGACUGGCGUUUGCCAGUGCUCCUCCUGAAGGUUCCUAGCUAGAGGGUCUUGUCCCUCUGCUCUGGGCAUGACUGACCAUCACAUUUGGGGUUAGAAAGAAAUUUUAUCCCAUGAUUGGAUUAGUAUGGACCGUGGGGUUUUUUGACUGCCAUGUAGCCGGCAACAUGGCCCUCUUCCUUGGAUCUCUUGGGCAUAUUUUAACAACUCUUGCAGCAGUAGGGCACUGCCAUGGUCCUCCUGCUUACCUUUGGCAAGUUAGGCUGCUAUGCCUAGUGAUUAUGUAAAAGGGUUGACAAUAUUUUCAGUAAUCGGUUAGACAAGGAUUUGUAUAGGAUGGUUUGAAUAAGAAUGAUCCUGCUUCAGGCAGGGGAUUACAGUAGAUGACUCUAGAGGCACCUUCCAGUCCUACUUUUCUAUAAUUUUGUGCAGCUUCAUAUGAUGAGAGGGUUGAGACUCAACCAUUUUUACAUUUUGGGUGCUAAAAUAGAUGAAUGUCUUUUCAAAGCCAGGUUACUUAAACUGGUAAAAGGGAAAAAAAAAAAAAAAAAAAAAAAAAGCCAGCUAUAUUAAUAAAGAACAACUUUGGACAUUGAGUGUUAUCUGAUCAUGACUUCACAGAAAUUAAAUAACCAUUAAACACUGGCAAGAGCUUGGUAGGUUUCUGUUCAUUUAUAAGCAAAUGAAAGAAGCGUACAAACUUAACAUGUAUCCAUGUGAACUAGGCACGAUUGUGCCAUUUUACUUACUAUCUGUAUAGCAAAAUAAUAAUGGAAUAUCAAAAACAAACGAGUAUUAAGUAAAUGUUAGCAUAUCGUGUUUUGGAAGGAAGUUCUUUAAAACAUAAACCACCUAUAUUUUCACUUAUGGAUAGAAAUAAAAAUUGAGCU